CAAUACCCAUUGUUAAUAUUAUAUAUAUAUAUAGGAUAACCCACCAUACAAGAGUAACAAGACAAAAUAAAAACCCUGGAAGAUAUCUAAUCUAACCCACGAGCAAGGAAAGGAAACCUAGUCUUCUAAUCGACAUCAGGCAUGGAAGGAGCCAUUUCCAGCCCGACAGAGAAGAGGAUUGCAGUAGUUACGGGAGGAAACAAAGGAAUUGGGCUGGAGAUUUGUAGGCAGCUGGCUCUUAACGGGGUCAGGGUUAUACUGACGGCCAGAGAUGAGAAGAGGGGUCAGGAGGCAGUGGAGAAGCUCAGAGAGUAUGGGCUCUCUGAUGUGCUCUUUCAUCAGUUGGAUGUGACCGACUCUCCUAGCAUAGCGUCCUUAGCGGAUUUUGUUAGAACUGAAUUUGGCAAACUUGACAUUCUAGUGAAUAAUGCAGGCAUUGGAGGAACGACAGUAAACUUUGAGACUUUAAAUGCCUCAAAACCAUCAAAUAAUUUGGAAGGCAAAGGUAUCAAUGGUAUCCCAGAUUGGUGGAAACCUCAUAUGCAGGAAAGUUUAGGAAGAGCGGAAGAAUGCUUGAAGACAAAUUAUUAUGGCACCCGAGAUGUUACAGAAGCAUUAAUUCCCCUUCUCGAGUCAUCAAUUUCAGGAAGAGUAGUAAAUGUUUCUUCCACCCUUGGACAACUCAGGGUUAUCUCAAAUGAAAAGCUUAAGCAAGAGCUGUCAAAUAUCGAUGACCUAGCAGAAAAGAGAUUGGUCGAGCUGCUGAAUUUGUUUAUCGAAGAUUUCAAGGAGGGUUUGUUGAACGCCUAUGGUUGGCCGACCGUUUAUUCAGCAUAUAAAGUAUCUAAAGUACUCACCAAUGCCUACACGAGGGUUCUUGCAAAGCAGUAUCCCAACUUAUGCAUAAAUUGUGUGAGUCCUGGUUUUGUCAAAACAGACCUGAACUGGAAUACCGGGAUCCUAACUACCGAAGAAGGAGCUAAAGGACCUGUCAUGUUAGCAUUGCAAACUGAUGCUGGUCCUUCGGGCCUUUUCUUUGAUCAAACCGAAGUGUCGACCUUUUGAAUGAGAUUAAUUUCCCUGAGCUAAUAAUUUGUGGAGAAAAAGUACUAUCAGUUACAAUUUCAUUCUCGUGUGUAUGAACAUCAUCCUGUAUAAACAUUGCAUGAGCUCUCCCCACCAAGCUCAAUAUAUUGACUUGAAGAGAUCCAAUAACAUGUAUUGGAUGAUGUUCUUUCUUC